CCAGCUUAUCGUCUAUAAACACUGCAGGUACAGCAUGAAACCAGCAGAACAGAACCGGCCCCAUUCUCCUGCAGCAACAGGUCCAAUCUACAGACUGAAGACAUGAGCGGCCGGGUGGGAGAUCUCAGCCCCAAACAGGCUGAAGUUCUGGAGGAGUUUCGGGAGAGGAUUAAAGAUGUGUACGAGAAGCUGCCGAGUAAGAGUGAUCACUACCUGCUGCGCUGGCUGAGAGCUCGAAACUUCAGCAUCAACAAGUCUGAAGCCAUGCUCAGAAAGCACGUGGAGUUUCGCAAACACAUGAAAGUAGAUGCAAUCUUGGACGACUGGAAGCCGCCAGAGGUGAUUGAAAAAUACGUGUCAGGUGGGCUGUGCGGGUACGACCGAGAGGGCAGUCCCAUCUGGUACGACGUGAUUGGCCCCCUGGACCCAAAGGGCCUCCUGAUGUCCGCCUCCAAACAGGACUUCCUCCGGACUAAAGUCAGGGACUCGGAGGUCCUGCGGAGAGAGUGCCAGAGGCAGACCGAUAAGCUGGGGAAAUACAUCGAGUCCAUCACUAUGAUCUACGACUGUGAAGGCCUCGGCCUGAAGCACAUGUACAAACCUGCUAUAGAAACUUACGGAGAGGUUCUGACCAUGUUUGAGGAUAAUUAUCCCGAGGGUCUGAAGAGAGUCCUCGUUAUUAAAGCUCCUAAAAUCUUCCCUAUUGCUUAUAACCUGAUUAAGCACUUCCUGUGUGAGGAAACUCGAAGGAAGAUCGUUGUGGUUGGGUCCAACUGGAAGGAGGUUUUGCAGAAAUAUGUGGAUCCGGAUCAGCUGCCUGAGGCCUACGGAGGAACACGGAAAGAUCCGGACGGAGACCCGUACUGUAAAUCUAUGAUUAAUUACGGUGGGAACGUACCGAAGUCCUACUACGUCCGGGAGUCCUUUAAAGUGGAGUACGACAGUUUCAUCACCAUCGGCCGCGGUUCUGAUCACCAGCUGGAGUACGAAGUUCUGAUCCCUAACUGCUUACUGCGGUGGCAGUUUGCCAGUGAUGGAGCUGAUAUUGGGUUUGGGAUUUAUAUGAAAACUAAAGCUGGAGCGAAACAGAAGAUUGGAGAGAUGCAGGAGGUUCUGCCCACCCAGCGAUACAACGCCCACCUGGUGCCCGAGGACGGAUCCUACACCUGUGAAGAUCCGGGAAUCUAUGUGCUGCGGUUUGAUAACACCUAUAGCAUGCUGCACUCGAAGAAGAUCAGCUUCUCAGUGGACGUGGUUCUACCUGAAACACACACCAACUCCGAGCAGCACUGAGAACCACCUGAGGACUAAACCGGAGGAUUAAACCUGAGGAUUAAACCUGAGGAUUAAACCUGAGGAUUAAACCGGAGGAUUAAACCUGAGGACUAAACCGGAGGACAGAGAGAUGUGUGUUUAUAAGAUUAAAUAUUAAUCCAUGUAUUAAUACAUGGUUUUAUGUUUAAUUGCAUUUUAAUUGUAACUUUUAUAAUAUUGUCAAUGAGUCUAAAAUUGUGUAAUGUUCUGAUUAUUAAAUAUAUAUAAAAUAUAUAUUUCAGCUAACAGAGAUAUUGAACACAAUGAAGACAAAUAUAUUUUAAUAUUUUGAUUGUGAAUUAAGAAAUGAUUUGAUUCAGUAGAGAAACAACAGAACACAGUAGAAUACACAAUGAAUUAUAAAUGUUGUUACAUUGUUCAUUUUACAGUAUCAUCAAUAAAUAAUAUCUCUACAUUUAAAAAUGUUGGUAAUUAAAUGUAAUAUUUUGUGAUUUGCUAUAAUGUCCUCAUUGGUAGGCCUAUUAAAAUAUUUGCAUGAAAAAUAAUGUAAAAGUGUUGACUUGAAAUUGUGUGUUGAUAUGAAAUUGUAUGAAUACAGUA